CCGGACAGAAACUCGUCGUUUUUGUCGUCCAUGAGCAUCCAACGAUUCCUCCACCACCACCACCGAGAAAGAUCCAUCCAUUCGGAAAAGAUUACAAGGUUGGUGACUCCAACGAAUGGAAGGUUCCUGAAGAGAGUGACUUCUAUUCCAAGUGGAGUGAGGAGAAACAGUUUCAUGUGGGAGACAAUCUUCUUUUCUACUACAACGACCAAGUCGAUGACGUCCUAGAAAUCAGCAGUGAUCUUGAGUUCAAAUCUUGCGACACUACUUCUCCUGUUGCCGUGCACAAUGGGGGACAAGAUCUCAUUAGCCUAACAAAACCAGGAAUACGCUAUUUUAUUACAUCAAAGAUUGGUCAUUGUGAGGAUGGGCUUAAACUUCGAGUUGUGGUGCGACCACUUACCAGAAGUGUUCCGAAGAAGAUGCAGUCGUCACCUUUCGACCGCCUCAUCAAGUGGCUACAUGACUCCUUCAGACCUCACCCCCAUCACUAA